AUCGGUUUGAUUUUGUUCGCUCCAUUCUCAAUUAAUCUGAAUCAAUCUCAAAACCUCUAUUCCUUCGUAAACUCAAUCUUCUUCUUCUUCUUCUUCUUCAUCCAUGCCGAAACCAUCUUCCAACAUUUUCCUAUUCUAACCUUCAGGAGUGAAAUGGAUGAUCCUGCUGUACUUCAGUUGCACAAAUGGGACCCAUCUCAGACCCAAAUUCCACUUUCGGAAUUUCGUCAAGCUUUUAUUUCUCCUACUAGACAGAUUCUGCUUUUGCAUUCAUAUCAAAAUCAAGCUCUCUUGUUUCCUCUCGUCAAAGGGGAGUCAAAUUCUAGUGGUGGCGAAAGCAGCAAUGAUUAUGACAGGCCUAACGGAUCAGGUUUGGUGAAUGAUUUGCCUUGCACUUCAGGAUCAGAAAUUGGUAUUCAUACGAAUGUUGCUGAAAAUAAAUGUUCAAGAUCCAAUAGUUACCCAUUUAUUAGUGAUGUGAACUCAUUGGCCUGGGCUCGUUGCGGGGACACCUACGAUCAACACAAUGAUGCUUCAUUUAGAGAAUUUUUAUUUGUCUCGGGAACAUGUGGGGUAACAGUCCAUGCUUUUCCCAAACUGACUAAAGCCAAAGAAAUAGUUCAAUCUGCAUUAGAAGGUAGCUAUAGACAAGGUAGGUGGGUGGAAUGGGGGCCUAUCGUUACAUUAGCUCAAAAUAUGGAAGUAGGAGAUGAAGGUGGAGUUGAAUUUUUGAGAGGCUCUGCGCCGACUAAGAGAUACCUAAAGUCGUUUUUCACAAAAGUUGAAACUAUUAUUGCUGACGGUAGUCUCAGGACCAAGUUCCCCGAGAAUAAGGAUUUUCCUCGCUCUACAGAAGUGGUUUCUUUUAACAUAUUUGAUGGAAGUCUAUCCCUGGAAUAUCUCUUCAAUCAAGAAUCAGUCCAGAGUAAGGAAAAACAGCCGGAACCAGCUGAUUUAGUAGAAGAUGCUUCCGAUCACUCAAGCUUGAGCUCGGGUACAGAGGAUAUUAAGUCUGAUUGUUUUUCCAAAGUAUUUGGUAUUGAGAUUAACGGGUUCUAUGAAUGCCCUAAGAUAUUCUCAAGUGCUUCAUAUUGCUUGGUGGGUUUUUUUUUGACAUUGAUGCAUCAUGUGUCUGUCAAUAAUAGCGGUGCAAAGCAUAGAUGCCGGAGUAAAAAUUUACUUCUUGUUGCCAGGUUAGACAAUUCAGGUAUUCAGUGGGUUUCAGUGGUGAAACUUGAUGAGAGAACAAACAUAGUUCAGGAAGUUGAGUGGGUGGAUUUCCAAUUUUGUGAUAAUCUUCUUGUCUGUCUUGAUUCUUCCGGCUUGAUUACUCUAUAUUCUGCAAUAUCCGGUGAAUUCGUGACACAUUUAAAUGUUUCACAGGCUUGUGGACUUCAUCCUCUUUUUGAUUUCCAUGCGUCAGAAAAAUUGCCUUUGAGUGAUGAUGGUACAUGCAUUAGACAAGGGUCUGACAUUAAGGAUAACAUGUACGAUCAACACCAUGAUUCUUUUAGAAGAUCAUUUAAAAGGUUAAUUAUUGCUUCACAUACCUACUUUUUUGCCGUGGUUGAUGCAUGUGGUGUGAUCUACGUGAUAUCUUUAAGUGAAUAUGUUACUGACAAGAGCUAUUUUUCUGAGAAGUUGCUUCCAUAUUGUCAGCAAUUUGGACUGGGGAUGUUGGUUGGUUGGGGAGCUGGUGGCUCUGAUAUAGAUUGUCAAGUAGCAUUCUCUAAUUUCUCGGGAAAUUUUCAAUCAAAUGAUUUAAACAUAAAAAGCGGAAGUGUUUCUUACCCAGACAAAGCAGUGGAGGGUGAUACGCUCCGGAAAAUUGAUGGCUACACAUCUAAAGAAAGGCGUAAUUUGUUUGGUCCCUAUUCAAGUGGUUUUUCUCCUGUAUCUAAUGCAACUAAUGAUCACAAAUUUACCGAUUCUGAUGUGAAGUCACCUGUUAUGAGAAAGAUAUUCCUUCCCAAUUUUAAACUAUGUGAAGAUGAUUCUAUUUCCUUUUCUCCCAUAGGAAUUACUAUUCUCUCGAAAAUGAAGAAUGUAAAGAAUCAGAGAGGCUCAAAACUUGUGCAUUUUAAUCUGCAAGUGAAGUUAGAUGCCCACGACGACAACCUUUUAGAUAGUGCAUAUGAUGUAUACCACUUUAAUGGAAAAGAAGAAGCUGUUUUUGGAGAAGUAGUUGGUUGCACAUUUCAGGGAUGUUUCUAUAUUGUGAGAGAAGAUGGUCUAUCAGUGUAUAUUCCUUCUGUUUCAAUCUUAUCAAGUUUUCUUCCUGUUGAGUACAUUGGUUAUCGCCAACCAAGUAUAGACAGAGGGAUUUCAGUUUUGCUUAAAGACAAUGUGGAAGCAAGACAACCAACCAAAAGAUUUUCUCCUUGGAAAAUUGAAAUUUUGGACAGAGUACUUGUGUAUGAAGGAAUUGAAGAGGCAGAUCAGUUGUGUUCGAAAAACGGAUGGGACAUCAAAAUUUCUCGUAUUCGUCAGUUACAAAUAGCAUUGGACUACUUGAAAUUUGAUGAAAUAGAAAGAUCUUUGGAAAUGCUUGUGGAUGUGAAUCUAGCGGAAGAAGGGAUUUUGAGAUUGCUUUUUGCUGCAGUUUAUCUUAUGCUUAAUAAAAGCGGUAGUGAUAGCGAAACUUCUGCUGCUUCAAGGCUUCUUACACUGGCUACUUGCUUUGCGACUACAAUGCUUCGUAAGUAUGGGUUACUACAACACAAAAACUACACAUGUGUACCAGAGGGCUUGAACAAGACGAGACUGCUUUCUCUUCCCCCAAUUGAACCAGUGAAACUACAAACUGAAGUGGAUUUUGCUCAAAAGCUUUCCGAGCUGGCUCAUUUCUUGGAGAUCAUCCGAAACCUGCAAUGUAGGCAUAGGACAGUAUUCCAAAAGGCCAGUCAAGGAUUGGUUGAAAGCGGAGAAGAGUCAUCUAUUAUGAGUAUAGAGAUGCUGCACGAAGAACCCCAACUUGCAGUUCUUCCAUCAGAUUUAGAGUCAUCGGAUAUGUUGAACCAACAUGAGCUUUCUUUUCCUUUACCAACAUCAGGCGAUGACAAUAAUGAAAAUCUUGCGCUUGUACCUGUUGAUCCCGAGUCUAAAUUGGUCUCAGAGGAAUUAGGUAACUUAUCUCAUUCGGAAAAGAAUGUUCUGCCUCUAGAAAAUCCAAGAGAGAUGAUGGCACGCUGGAAGUUGGGUAAUCUGGACCUCAAGACUGUGGUUAAAGAUGCACUGCUUUCUGGUCGACUCCCUUUGGCUGUUCUUCAACUGCAUCUUCAUCAAUCGGAAGAUUUCAUUGUUGACAAAGGGCCUCAUGAUACUUUUACUGAAGUUCGUGAUAUUGGCAGAGCUGUUGCUUAUGACUUAUUUAUGAAGGGUGAAACUGAACUUGCUGUUGCAACACUUCAAAGACUUGGUGAGAAUAUUGAAUAUUGCCUCAAACAACUUUUGUUUGGCACUGUAAGGAGAUCCUUACGAGCCCAGAUUGCCGAGGAAAUGAAAAGAUAUGGUUAUCUAGGACCAUAUGAGUUGAAGAUAUUGAAAGACAUUUCACUAAUUGAGAGUCUCUAUCCAAGCAGUGGCUUCUGGAAAACAUAUCAUCUCCGGCUGAAAGAUACUAUUGGUCCAUCAGACCCUGUUUCAACGUUAGAAAAUAGAUUAAGGCUCUUGCAUAACCAUUCAUUUGAUAGUCUUGUCAUCGAAUGUGGUGAGAUUGAUGGAGUUGUCUUAGAUACAUGGAUGAAUAUUAAUGAAAACUCCUCUGCUCUGGAAGUUGAUGAUGAUGAUGAUGGUUAUGUUGGAUAUUGGGCUGCUGCUGCUGUCUGGUUUGAUGCCUGGGAUCAAAGAACUGUUGAUCGGAUGAUACUGAAUCAAUCUCUUCGUUCAGACAUUUAUUUACUGUGGGAGUCGGAACUUGACUAUCAUGUAUGUCGUAAUCAUUGGAAGGAAGUCUUUAGAUUGUUAGACUUAAUGCCUGCAUAUGCCCUAUCUGCUGGAAGCCUUCAACUCAAUUUGGAUGUUGUACAGUCAUCUUCAGGAUGCGAUGCGAAGUCUUCUAAUUAUGGAAAUUUCUUAUGCUCUAUUGAAGAAUUGGAUUCUGUAUGCAUGGAAGUUCCAGAUGUUCAAAUAUACAAGUUUUCACCUGAUAUUUUCUCUGGAUGGAUAAGGAUGCUUGCGGAGGAAAAGCUUGCAAAAAGAUUUAUAUUUUUGAGGGAAUAUUGGGAAGGGACAAUGGAAUUGGUAGCUCUUUUGGCUCGUUCGGGUUACAUAUCUGGCAAAAAUAACGUAAGGUUGGAGGAUGAUCCCAAUGAGACUUCAUUACUUAGAGAUGGAACUGUACAAGCUUUGCAUAAAAUAUUUGUGCAUCACUGUGCACAAUAUAACAUGCCAAAUCUUUUGGAUCUCUACCUUGACCAUCAUCGUUUGGUCCUUGAUCUCGAUUCACUUUAUGCAUUACAGGAAUCUGCAGUUGAUUGUGAAUGGGCAAGAUGGCUGCUCUUAUCUAGAGUUAAGGGGUGUGAAUACAAGGCCUCACUUGCCAAUGCUCGUUCAAUUAUGUCACAUGAUUUAGCUCCUAGAAGCGACCUCGGUGUUCUGGAGUUGGAUGAAAUAAUUCGAACUGUUGAUGACAUUGCUGAAGGAGGGGGAGAAAUGGCAGCUCUAGCAACCCUGAUGCAUGCUUCUGUCCCCAUUGAAAGCUGCUUAAAUAGUGGUGGUGUAAAUAGGCACAGUAAUUCCUCUGCCCAGUGCACUUUGGAGAACCUUAGACCGACUCUGCAAAGGUUUCCUACAUUGUGGCGCACGCUUGUUGGAGCAUGUCUUGGUCAAGAUACAAUGUGUUUGUUGGUCCCCAAAGCAAAAACUGCUUUAUUAGACUAUCUUAGUUGGCGCGAUGACAUUUUCUUGUCUACCGGACGUGAUACUUCACUUCUACAAAUGCUUCCAUGCUGGUUUUCUAAGCCAGUUCGAAGAUUGAUACAGCUUUAUGUCCAGGGUCCUCUUGGUUGUCAAUCAUUUUCAGCGUUCCCUAUGGGGGAAUCUUUGCUACACAGAGAUAUUGACUUAUUUGAAAGUGCUGAUUUGCAUACCGAGAUAAGUGCAGUCUCCUGGGAGGCAACUAUCCAACGACACAUUGAAGAAGAACUACAUAGUCCUUUACUUGAAGAAAAUGGAUUUGGACUUGAGCAUCAUUUGCAUCGUGGACGAGCGUUGGCAGCUUUUAACCAAAUUCUUGGCCAUAGAGUUCAAAAUCUGAAAUCAGAAAGGGACGGCAGUAAUUCAUCUCAUGGGCAAUCUAACAUUCAAUCAGAUGUUCAGAAACUUCUUUCACCACUAGGACAAAACGAAGAUACUCUAAUUUCAUCUGUUUUGUCAACUGCAAUUUUGCAUUUCGAGGAUUCUAUGCUUGCUGCAUCCUGUGCUUUUCUUCUGGAAUUAUGUGGUUUAUCUGCCAGCAAAAUGCGCAUUGACAUUGCUGUGCUAAAACGGAUAUCUUCUUUCUAUAAAUCAAGUGAAACUAAUGAAAAUCUCAAGCAAUUAUCGCCUAAUGGAUCUGUGUUUCAUGCAAUAUCCCAUGAAAGUGAUGUAACAGAAUCUCUUGCUCGAGCUCUAGCUGAUGAGUAUUUGCACAAGGAUUCUCUUGUAAUUGCUUCAGAAGUGGAAGCUCCAACUCCAAGUAAACAGCCUUCACGAGCUCUUAUUCUUGUCUUACACCAUUUGGAAAAGGCAAGCCUUCCACCGUAUGUUGAUGGAAAUACCUAUGGGUCAUGGAUAUUAAGUGGAAAUGGUGAUGGAAAUGAGUUAAGAUCUCACCGAAAGGUUUCCAGCCAGCACUGGUCAUUGGUAACAAAUUUUUGUAGGCUGCACCAGCUUCCCUUAAGUACAAAGUACCUUUGUGUAUUAGCUAGAGACAGUGACUGGAUCGAAUUUUUGUCUGAAGCCCAGAUUGGAGGAUAUCCAUAUGAUACAGUAGUCCAAGUGGCAUCAAAGGAGUUCAGUGAUCCACGUCUCAGACUUCAUAUGUUGACAGUUUUGAGAGGAAUGCAAUCGAAGAAAAAGGCAGGCUCUGCAUCGUUCUUGGACACACCGGAGAAAAGCAACCCAACACCCUUUCCUGAUGAAAACAUAUGUGUUCCAGUUGAACUCUUCCAAAUAUUAGCAGUGUGUGAAAAGCAAAAAUGCCCAGGAGAGGCUCUCUUGAUGAAAGCAAAAGAGUUGUCUUGGUCAAUAUUGGCAAUGGUUGCUUCAUGUUUCCUUGAUGUUUCUCCAUUAUCAUGUCUGACAGUUUGGUUGGAAAUUACUGCAGCAAGAGAAACUUCAUCAAUCAAGGUGAACGAUAUUGCUUCUCAGAUUGCAGACAAUGUUGGAGCGGCUGUAAAUGCAACUAAUGCCCUUCCUGUAGGUGACAGAGUGCUCACAUUUCAUUAUAAUAGGCAAAGUCCUAAACGUCGACGGUUAAUAACUCCUAUUUCACUAGACUCCUCUGCUUCUGCAAUGUCUGACAUUUCAAAUACUUCUAUAAAUGAAAGAAUAUUUGAUUCUCAAGGUAAAACUAUGGAGGAUGAAAUAACAGCAGAGCAUUGUGGGUCUGUUAACUCUGCAAAUUUUUCCGAUGAAGGGCCUGCUUCUCUUUCCAAGAUGGUUGCGGUGCUUUGUGAACAGCAAUUGUUUUUGCCUUUGCUAAGGGCGUUUGAGAUGUUCCUUCCAUCAUGCCCCUUGCUGCCAUUCAUCCGUGCUCUUCAGGCAUUUUCACAAAUGCGCCUCUCAGAAGCUUCUGCACAUUUGGGCUCGUUUUCUGCUCGAAUUAAGGAAGAACCGACGCACAUACAUGCAAAUUUAGGAAGAGAGGGGCAAAUUGGGACAUCAUGGAUUAGUUCUACUGCUGCUACAUCUGCUGAUGCUGUGCUUUCAACCUGCCCUUCUCCUUAUGAGAAAAGAUGCUUGCUGCAACUUCUUGCUGCCACAGACUUUGGUGAUGGUGGAAAUGCAGCGGCAUACUAUCGAAGGCUUUAUUGGAAAAUUAAUUUAGCAGAGCCUCUACUUCGUAAAGACAAUGAGUUGCAUUUAGGUAAUGAAAAUUGGGAUGAUGCUUCACUCUUGUCUGCUCUAGAAAAAAAUAGGCACUGGGAGCAAGCAAGGAAUUGGGCCAAGCAGUUGGAGGCCAGUGGUGCACCCUGGAAAUCUGCUAUGCAUCAUGUUACUGAAUCUCAGGCUGAAUCUAUGGUAACUGAAUGGAAGGAAUUUCUUUGGGAUGUGCCAGAAGAGAGGGUUGCUUUAUGGAGCCACUGCCACACACUAUUCAUCAGAUAUUCCUUUCCUUCUCUUCAAGCUGGGUUAUUUUUUCUUAAACAUGCCGAAGCUGUGGAGAAAGAUCUUCCUGCAAGGGAGCUUCAUGAACUUUUAUUGCUUUCUCUGCAAUGGCUGAGUGGGAUGAUUAGUCUUUCCAACCCCGUCUGUCCGUUGCAACUUCUUCGUGAAAUUGAAACCAAAGUAUGGCUCUUGGCAGUUGAGUCUGAGACUCAGGUGAAGAGUGAAGGAGACUUCAAUUUUACCUUUUCUAUCGGGGAGAAUGCUAUCAAGAACGACUCCAGUAUUAUUGACCGAACUGCAAGUAUAAUAGCUAAGAUGGAUAAUCAUAUAAAUACAAUGAAGAAUAGAACUGUAGAAAAAUAUGAGACCAGGGAAAACAACCAAAUCUCUCACAGGAACCAAGUGGUGGAUGCUGGUCUUUCAACUUCUUUUGGUGGGGGUACAAAGCCAAAACGAAGGGCCAAAGGAUAUGUGGCGUUAAGACGCCCAGCUCUUGAAUCCGUUGAAAAAAGUGCAGAUACCGACGAUAGCUCCAAUACUAUCAGUUUCAAAAAUGAGGUGCAGUUACAGGAAGAAAACUUGAAAGUGGAAAUGUCUUUUUCUAGGUGGGAGGAGAGGGUUGGAGCGGCAGAGCUGGAAAGGGCCGUUCUUUCUUUAUUGGAAUUUGGGCAAAUCACUGCUGCCAAGCAACUGCAAUACAAAUUCUCCCCUGGGCAAAUACCAUCUGAGUUUAAACUUGUGGAUGCAGCCUUGAAGCUUGCCUCUAUGUCAACUCCUCCUAGCAAUGUAUCAGUGUCAAUGCUUGAUGAGGAGGUACAUUCACUUCUGCAGACAUAUGGUUUACUGAAUGAUAAGCGCCAUGCUGACCCACUCCAGGUUUUGGAGAGUUUGGUGGUUAUUUUUACCGAAGGCAGUGGGCGUGGGCUAUGUAAGAGAAUAAUAGCGGUCAUAAAAGCUGCAAACACCUUGGGCCUCUCGUUUCAUGAGGCCUUCGACAAGCAACCAAUUGAGCUACUACAGCUGCUUUCUCUUAAAGCACAAGAGUCCUUUGAGGAGGCAAAAUUUCUGGUGCAGACUCAUCCAAUGCCAGCUGCUAGUAUUGCUCAAAUACUUGCAGAAUCUUUCCUGAAGGGUGUGUUGGCUGCGCAUCGGGGAGGAUAUAUUGAUUCACAAAAAGAGGAAGGCCCUGCUCCCUUGCUCUGGAGAUUUUCAGACUUCUUGAAGUGGGCAGAGCUUUGUCCCUCUGAACCAGAGAUCGGGCAUGCUUUAAUGCGUUUGGUGAUAACUGGACAAGAAAUACCACAUGCCUGUGAGGUUGAGCUUCUUAUUCUGUCCCAUCACUUCUACAAAUCAUCUGCUUGCCUUGAUGGAGUUGAUGUUCUUGUGGCCCUUGCUGCAACUAGGGUUGAGGCUUAUGUGUUGGAGGGUGAUUUCCCAUGCUUGGCUCGCCUGAUAACUGGAGUUGGAAAUUUUCACGCUCUCAAUUUCAUUCUUGGCAUUCUUAUAGAAAAUGGUCAAUUGGAUCUUCUUCUUCAGAAGUAUUCUGCUGCUGCAGACACGAACACAGGCACUGCUGAGACAGUCAGAGGAUUCCGAAUGGCUGUCCUUACAUCUUUGAAGCAAUUCAACUCUAAUGACCUUGAUGCAUUUGCCCUGGUCUAUACUCAUUUUGAUAUGAAACAUGAGACAGCCACUCUUUUGGAAUCUAGAGCAGAGCAAUCGUGUGAAAAGUGGUUUCGGCGUUAUAAUAAGGACCAGAAUGAAGACUUGUUGGAUUCCAUGCGCUACUUCAUUGAAGCUGCUGAAGUUCACUCUUCCAUUGAUGCUGGCAAUAAAACACGUAACGAUUGUGCUCAAGCUUCCCUUCUGUCUCUUCAAAUAAGAAUGCCAGAUUUCCAGUGGCUUUAUCGAUCAGAAACCAAUGCUAGACGGGCAUUAGUUGAGCAGUCUCGUUUCCAAGAAGCUUUAAUUGUAGCUGAAGCUUAUAACUUGAACCAGCCAAGUGAAUGGGCUUUGGUGCUAUGGAACCAAAUGCUCAAACCUGAAGUCUUGGAGGAGUUUGUAGCUGAAUUUGUGGCAGUUCUACCUCUUCAGCCUUCAAUGUUGACUGAUUUAGCUAGAUUUUAUAGAGCUGAAGUGGCUGCCAGAGGGGACCAAUCUCAUUUCUCUGUAUGGCUCACAGGGGGAGGGUUGCCUGCUGAAUGGGCUAAAUAUUUAGGAAGAUCCUUUAGGUGUUUACUGAAGCGGACAAGGGAUUUGAGGUUGCGGGUGCAGUUGGCUACAGUGGCAACUGGAUUUGGGGAUGUCACCGAUGCAUGCGCGCAAGAAAUGGAUAAGGUCCCUGACAAUUCAGCACCCUUAGUGCUGAGGAAAGGUCACGGUGGAGCUUACCUCCCUCUGAUGUGAAACUUUCUACUGUAAAUUUGCAUUAUGGUUGGACAAACCGGGUUGGACAGAAAGUUGGUUCUUGACCUUGACCCAUUGCUGGUUCAGAAACAAUGUGGGGUUGCAGUCGCACACAUUGAAUGAUGCUGAGCACAAACUAGAAUGGCUGGAUGAAAUGAAUAUUGAAUGGGUUGUUGACCUAUAUAUACAUACAUGUACAUUUUUUUGUUGAGUAGAUGCUUGAUGGUUGUAUAUUAGGUGAAUUGUAUCUGUAGCUCAUUCUAGUAAACACCCUUAUAGUUUUUGUUUUCUCCAAUUCUUUUGUAGGGGAGAAGAGGGUAGUUUGUUAUCGAUUUUGAGGCCAAUAGAAUAUAAUGCCCCAUUGGUUUCUUUUUCUUUUUUGCUCCAUAUAAUGUAUAGUUCAUGUACAUCAAUAUGAAAAGCCAUUUGCCAUGUUUUGCAUAGAUA